CUUAAAUGGAUCGAUCAAUAGCCUUGCCAGGGUUUUGCGAGGAAUAGGCCCGGAGUCGUGAUGGGGGGGGGGUGUUUAUUCCACUUUGCAUGCGGUAUGGAGAGCGAGCAUGACACUGACACAGGAGGAUGCGUGUGUGAGGAGUGUGUGGGCGAGAGUGCAAGAGAGGGUUAGUCGUGUCGCACACUUCGUGGAUAGUAAACCCCAAGUGUCAUGUCGUGCAAUACGAUGCGAUGCUGGUGAGGAAGUUUGACGGUAGGCCCAGUUGGCCAUGGUUUAACCUCGUACGAGGUUUGCACUCGAUGUUUCCUUUUCGACUCUUGUUUGAUUUUUCAAACUUCACAAAGCCAAAGGAAAUGUCUCUAGACUCCAGCCGACUCAAUUCCCCCGUGCCGUGCAAAGGAACAGUCACCCAAUACCAAAAAAGGGGUGUGGGCGUGGGAGGCCGAAACCAGAGGCAAGUUCAAUUAAGUCUCCCGAUCGCCGCCUCACGCGCGGGAGAGAGAGUGUCCGAUACAGGACGGAGCAAGGGAGGACGCGGGCCCCGUCAGGAACGAGGCGGGCUACAGAACAUGUGGCGGUGGAGAGGGGACGAGUCUGGAGUUGCAAUGGGUUACCGGGACGCUGGAGCGCUGGAAUGCGGGUAUGGGGAAGGGAUGGGCGGAAGAGGGACGGUGACGGGGAGGCAUUUCAAGAGUUUGCGGGCCGAUAUCUCAGAAGUGUGUCUUGCCUUUGGGCGAGACAUACGUGGCAUGGGAGAGAUUGGGAGAAUUCCCGACUCGGCUGUGUCUCGUGUUGUCGUGACCCGACGGCUUGGUGUUUUGGCCGCCGCCAUUCCCUCAACACCAGGAACCGUAUCAUUUUUGCCAUGUCAGUUGCCCAGCCAAAACCAGCCGUUAGAGUAGACGCUUUUGCUCUUUGGUCCAACUCUGGUCUGGAGUCUAUGAGGAAGCACAGCAUCCAUCAUUGUACCUGCUCGCCAUGUUCC